AGAGGAGAGGGGACGUAUCCUGAUUUCUCUCACCUACAACAGCCAGCAGAGUCGUCUGAUUGUGGGUGUAGUUCGAUGUGCUCAUCUGGCAGCAAUGGACUCCAACGGCUAUUCUGACCCCUUUGUAAAGAUUUACUUGAAGCCCGACAUGGGAAAGAAAGCAAAGAAUAAAACUCAGAUCAAGAAAAAGACUCUUAACCCCGAGUUUAAUGAGGAGUUUAGCUAUGAAGUCAAGCAUGCUGAACUGGCAAAGAAGACUUUGGAUGUCUCUGUCUGGGAUUAUGACAUGGGAAAAUCUAAUGAUUUCAUAGGCGGCUGCCAGCUUGGUAUCACAGCUAAAGGCGAAUGUCUGAAGCACUGGUAUGAAUGUCUGAAGAACAAGGACAAGAAGAUCGAACGCUGGCAUGUUCUGUUGAAUCAAAACAACAUUGAGGCGGAUGACUGAGGUGUUGUAUGUCCAAAGAUGACAGUAUACGGUUCCAUCUUCCAAAAAAGUAAUCGAGCUGCUGAUGAUGUUUUCUUUUCGUUCAGAAAAAAAGCCUUUGUCUUUGCCUCUCCUGAAACCCUGUGGUGAGCUAAAGUGGUCCGACCAAGAAAAACCAGUUACUUAGUUUUUAUUUUGGUGGGAAAAAGACCGUGUAUGAUAUUUUUUCACUCAGUAAAUGCCUUAAAGAACAAAACCUCAUGAAUACAGAUUUGACGCAAAUAUAGUAGUCAUUAAACCCUGCAACCACGUAUACUCAAGGACACUGAGAAAAUGGACUUUACUCAUGUAAAACCAGUUCUUUAAGUAAAAUAGCAUGCUAAAGGCUAUUGUACACACCAUUGUUUGAUAUCAGAAAUAUAUGCUGUCCUUGCAUAUGUUAUGUUUGUUUUAAUCAGUAUGUAACAGAUGAGAAUAAAUGCGUAAAACUAAUUGUGAAUAUAAAGUUUAGAAAAGUAUUAGAGUUAUAUCCAAUAAACGACAGGUUGUUGAAGUUUAAUAUUGCAUCAUGGAAAUGUCCUGUUGUUAUGUGCAUGGAAUUCACGGACGUGUUCCCCAAUAAUACAUUAUUAUCAUCAAGUUUGAAUUUAUUUCUGUAACAUGUUUACAAGUGUUGUUAUUACCCAAUAAAGUGU